AUGCCACGGCAACCUCUCUAUAAAUCUCCAUCCAAGAAAAAAAAACGAGAAGGAAGCGAAUGUCCGCUGGACAGAGACGAGCCCACAGGGAGGGCCUGCUGGGAGCUCCACAUCACGGCCUCCGACGGCCUCCACGCUGCCUCCGCCGUCGUCCACGUCAACGUCAAGGACAUCAAUGACAACGCGCCUUUCUUCCCUAACCUCACCAUCAACGCCACCGUCCCAGAGAACGAUGGAGCAGCAGGAGCGGAGGUGACCAGGGUGGUGGCCGUGGACUACGACGACCCCCUCGAGAGCACCAACGCCCUCCUCACCUACUCCGUGGAGAAGAACGUCAUCGACGAACACAGCGGCCAGCCCAUCUUCACCAUCGACGCCCACACCGGCAGGAUCAGCACUGCCCUGUGUUGCCUGGACAGAGAGCGGACGCCCUUCUACGCUAUCCAGGUGGUGGCCUCCGACGGCGGCGGGCUCAAAGGUACAGGAACGGUGCUGGUGACGGUGGGAGACGAGAACGACGUGUCGCCCAAGUUCUCGAGGCAAGAGUGGUUGUUGACGGUACACGAGAGCGUCGAGGUCGACACCACACUCGCCUUCCUCACCGUCGACGACCCAGAUAUAACCAACAGUUUUGUCUUUCGGAUCGUGGCGGACAGUGGGUUCGGUUGGGAGCGGUUCCGUCUGGUCAGUUCGGACCAAGGCAGCGGCGCCCUGCAGGCCGUGAAGACUCUAGACUACGAAGACCCCGUUCAGCGACAGGGUUUCCGGUUUAAAGUUCAAGUAUCAGACAAGGAGGAAGAUCGCUGGGACGACGACGACCACAUGGACACGACCUGGGUGGUGGUGGCGUUGGUGGACGACAACGACAACGCCCCCGACCUCUCCGCCCACUCCGCCAACCUCACCCUCUCAGAGGACACGCCCGCCGGCCAGCACCUCACCACCUUCACCGCCACCGACAGGGAUCAGGGCGGUGAGGACGAGGUACGCUACACCAUCGACCCCAGCAGCGACCCCUUCAGGCUAUUCGCCGUCGACUCCGCGGGCCGCGUGCAUCUCCGUCGGCAGCUGGACCGUGAAGCCGCGCCGCGACACGUGGUACACGUGCUGGCGGUGGACAGCGGCGUUCCCGCCCGCACCUCCACCGCCACCCUCCUCCUCGACGUCACCGACGUCAAUGACAACGGCCCGAACGUGGCCAACCCCAACACCUUGUACGUGCUGGAGAACAGCGGUCCCCGGCACGUGGGCGACCUCAAGUUGGACGACGCCGAUGACUGGUCGCUGGGACACGGCCCGCCCUUCACCGUCAAGUUGGCCGACGACGCUCCGGCCCACAUUAAAGAGACCUUCGCUGUCGACUUCGACGAAAAAGGCGACGAAGGACGCGGAGUGGUGGUAGUGACAUCGCUGGGGCCGCUGGACCGGGAGGAGGCGGUGACGCGGCUCCUGCCACUGGUGCUGGGCGACGCCCGCAGUUUGGUUGCCACCGCCACCAUCACAGUCACCGUCGCCGACCUCAACGACAACCCCAUGAGGCCCGCCAACAAGACCGUCAGCGUCGUCAGGUUCAGGGGGGAUGACGUGCCUAUCCCAGUGGGCCGUGUGUACGUGGAGGACGCCGACGACUGGGACGCCGGGGACAAGACGUGGGCGUGGGUGGAGGGCGGCGGGCAUGGACACCCGCUCUUCACCCUCGACGCCCACACCGGACACCUCACCAUGAGUGGACACGCCCCAGACGGCACGUACGAGCUGGGCUUCCUGGUGAGUGACGUGACGCAGGGCCAGAGAGACGUGUCGGCCAACGUGAGCGUCUCCGUCAGCAGCGUGGGUCGCGACGUGGUCUCCUGCGCCGUCCCCGCCCUCCUCACCUCCCACGACCCCCGCGCCCUCGUCACCCCUCGCCAGCAUGAAGGGAGCUCCCCGUUGGCAGCCCUGACAGCAUCAGUGGAGCGGGUGGCUGGGGUGGGCGUGGGCGUGCUCUCCCUGGAGGUGCAGGAGUCCUCCUCCGUCAGCAGCAGCAGCAGGGAGGCGGGGGCCAGGGUGUGGUUCACCGCCAGGUCUCGGCAGCCUCUUGAUCAGCUCCUCCUCCUACACCGUCGCAAGAUAUCAACCGAGUCUGGCGUAAGCGUUGCGAGUGUGGGUGUGGGCAUGUGUGUGAUGGCUCCUGCAGCAGAGGACUCCAAGGGCGGCGGAGUGUGGGUGGUGGACGCCAACAGGACGGCCCUUGUAACCCCGCGCCUGCAGGUGUCGGACAGCGGGUGUAGCUGUCACGCCUACCGUCCACAGCUGGCCCACCCGCGACAGGUGACACACAGCGCCGCCGCCCACCCCAGUGUCGCCGCCGUCACCCAGCCCGCCUCCUGUCACCCCAAUCCUUGCCUCAACGGCGGCCGCUGCGUCGCCCACACCCGCCACCCCAGGUGUGUGUGUCCAGAAGACACGAGCGGGUCGGUGUGUAAGCAGCUGAGUCGGUUUUUCCGAGGUAGAGGGUGGGCGUGGGCGGCCCCCAUCCCAGUCAGCACCCAGGUUCACAUCACGCUGGAGCUGCGUACUACGCUCCCCGACUGUCUCCUGCUGUACGCCGGACCUGCUGAUGACCUGCUGCCCCCAGGAGCAAGGCUUCUGCAGGAGGACGUGGUGAGUUUGGAGCUCGUAGGAGGCCGCCCCCAGGUGCUGGUCGACCUGGGCACGAGCCCCGUCCUCCUGGACCCCUCCGAGGGCCACCUGGUGCCCUCCCUCGCUGACGGCCGCUGGCAUCGUCUUGACCUGGUCGUGGCGCGUCAGAAAGUGGAGGUGAUUGUAGAUCGGUGUCAAGAAGGUGGGGAGUGUCGGCUAGCGGCGCCACUGCCUACCCAGGACCAGGUGUUGGGUAUUGCUGCCCCCCUGCAAGUGGGGGGUCUGGCCCGCGCCCUCCCACACCUCCAUCAGCACCACGGCUGGCCUACCCAGCUCUCACAACAACCAUUCCGAGGCUGCAUCCGUAACCUCAGAGUUAAUGGAGAGCUGCGGGACCUGGGGGAGGCGGUGCUGGGGGAGGACAGCUGGCCAGGGUGCCCCGGCCAGGACCCGUGCUCCCUGGCCGGCCACCCCUGCACUCAACACCACACGUGCAUGGAGAUGGAGGGAGGUGCAUGGGGGUGCGGGUGUGUGCCCGGGCGGGGAGGGGCAGACUGCUCCUCCUGCACCCAGCCAGCCUCCUUCUCCUCCAGCAGCUACGUGAAGGUGGCACUUUCCGCCGCCCCGGUGCCCAACACUACCUCCAUCCAGCUGAGGUACCGUACGUGGGAGGAGUCUGGCCAGCUAAUAGCAGUGACCUCUCAACACGGCCGGGACCUUGCCGUCCUGCAUCUGGUUGACGGUCAUGUCUGCCUCAAGAUGCUUCUUCAUCCCACCGCCCUCAUCCACCUCUGUCUCUCCCAAGUGCUUCUUACCGAUGGAGAAUGGCACACUGUUUAUGUCCGCAGAUACGGUCAGUGGGUGGAGCUGCAGGUGGACGAGGGUGACGGAGCACUGUACAACGCCACCCCCACGCCGGCGACGCUGCAGGGGUGGUCGACGCCUCUCCUCAUAGACAAGCAGGAGGGUGUGCAUGUAGGAGGGUCGCCAGAGUAUGUUGGCGUCAGUCUCUACACCGUCCAUUAUGACUUCCACGAUGGUUGCCUGGACGAUCUGCGGGUGUCUGGCAUCCAGCUGCCAUUGCCGCCGCUGCUCAACACCUCCUCGUGGGCUCAAGCCACUAUGUUCACUAACGUGGCGCCGGGCUGCACUGCCCCCUCCGCCUGCACCAACAUCACCUGCGAGGAGCCCUUCACCUGUCUUGACGUGUGGUGGAGGCACGAGUGUGGAUGUCCGGUUGGGGCGACCCUGACGCAGGAAGGAAGCGCCUGCCAGGACAUAGACGAGUGUGUGUGGUCGCCUUGCUUAAACGGUGGGUCCUGCAUGAACAUGGAUCCAGGCUACUACUGCGUCUGUCCCGCCUCACACCAUGGUGAACAUUGUGAGGCAAAGUCUGGGAGUCUUCCGUCUCUGGGAUGGUCCAUUGGGCUGCUGGUCGCCGUGCUGGUGUGGGUCAUCCUCUUCAUUGUUGUGGCUGCAGUGUACCUGCUUCGCCAAAGGCAACAACAGCAGCAGCAGCAGCAGCAGCAGAAAGUACCACGAGGAAUAGCUGAGGACACCAUAGCGCAGAUGUCCUCACAAGAUUCAAGCAUUCAGCAUGGACAUCAGACAGAUGUGACAGAGCUCAGUAUUACCAAAAGUUCGACAGUCCAAACACAGCCUCCCUUGAGCAAGGAAACUAAAAUAGUUGGCGUUGACAUUCUGCAGCGGGAGACACAGGCUGGCAGCAGUGAUGGCAGGACAGAAGGAGGGUGUGGCUGCCCACAUCUCCCAACCCUCGACGACCUCCGAAACUACGCUUACGAAGGUGACGGCAGCUCCCCUGGUUCCCUCUCCUCCUGCUGCUCAGGUGGUGAUGGGGGCGGAGAGAUGCGACUCCUCGGAGGCUUCCAAGAGGUAGCCACUUUACUCAACUGCCUUGGUGGACCUCAGUCCAUAGAAUCACCUUCAUUUCAUGGGACUUCAGAUGUGUCAUCAAUGAAGAAAACCAAAAAUCAAGUGACUUGUCCCAGAACUACCAAUAACCAACUCACUUGUGACAAAUUAAUAUUAAAAGAUGACAAUUCCUUAGGAGUACAGCAGUCUGUUUUAUCUAAAACUGAUAUUAAAAAUCAAGCCAAGAAUACAUCAAAAAAGAAUAUUCGAAUCAGUGUUUCAAAAACAGAUACUUUAGAAACUGGAAUUCAUAAUGGUAACAUGUAUCUGGACUCUAGAUUAUGUCCAGCUUUUAUGAAUAAUAAAAGUAAUUCUUUGCCCAGAUCAAAAAUACCAACUAUAUUUAUAAAUAAUCUUCACACAGAAAAUCAAGCACCAAGAUGCAAUACCCGAGAGACUUUGCAUUAUUCCCUCAGAAAGAAGAAAACUCCUUUAUCGAUUACUUCUGCAUUCCCAACAGACACAAGAGACAUUGCCUUACACUGUUGCUGCAGUCAUGGCCCAUUCCCAGAAAACAGAGGUGAAAUACCUUCGAUUCUAACAUCCCAUGGUGUGUGUCAGUCUUGUGUAACAGUGUCUCUCCAGUGGGACAAGAUGGGUCAGCUACAUGGUACACCUAGACGGAGUCUAUCAGCUUCUACUGUAUCCUACUUAACAGAUAAGGAAAACAGUGUCAUUAACCUUGCUUUAUUUGGCAGCCAUAAAAAAGAAACUGAAUGUGCACAUCAAACAUGCUGUUUGCAUGGUUAUUCUCAAAGUUCUCGGCCAUCUGUUUAUACCUGCAAAGCAGCAGAGUCAAGAGUGUGCUCCUGUGCACCCUGCCAAGGUACAACAUUCUCCGGUGUUAGACCAACAUACUUACGGAAUACUCAUCCUAACAUGUUUGCCAGCAGGGAUAAUUUUGCAAGGAAGUAGCGAUCGCUCUAAAAUGCGUACCUUUGGUGCAGCAUUAACAUAUAUGUGCCUGAAUCCUUCUCUUUUUUUUUUUUCCCCCUGUCAUUGUUUCUAAAUAGAAAAUUACUUUUCCAUGUGACAUUUUAAUAUGCAUGACCAGUGACAAAAUUAUCAUGUUUCCUUUGGCUUGAUUAGAAAAAUAUUUACCAAUAUAUCUUUGUACUUUUAUAAAUAUAAUAAAAGUAAAAAAUGCUCAUGAAAGUAAAU